CUGGCCUCCAGCGGCUGGCGAGGCCCGUGUCCGAGUGGGAUGGACGCGCUCGGGUCUACCCGUGGCUCUUUCACGGAGUCCCAGGAUAUUUGAGGUUAGAAGGAACCUCUGGAGAUCAUCCAGUCCAACCGCAGCCCAGGCAGGGUCAUCUGGAGCAGGUGACACAGGGACGUGUCCAGAUACCCUGUAGCAUGGCAGGUGAAGAAGAUUUCUUUUUAGAAGAAAAAAGAUUCAAGCAGCACUGUGAAGAAUUUGUUAAGCAUUCACAGCAGAUAGGAGAUGGCUGGGAGUGGAGAACUAGCAAGGACCUUGGUGAUGGUUAUCUUAGUAAAAUGCAUUUCCAAGUAAGAAAUAGACACAUCCCACAAGAUCUCAAGGAGAAAACCAAUGAUAACAUUGAACAAACGUUACUUGCACAUGUUGAAGAGUCUUUGGAUGAUUCUCAAGUAGCUGGAGUUUGUACAACAGAAGAAGUGAUUCGCUAUGAGUAUCAUGUCUUGUACUCCAGCAGCUACCAAGUGCCUGUGCUUUAUUUCAGAGCAUGCUUUUUAGAUGGAAGACCUUUAACUCUGGAGGAAAUAUGGGGAAGUGUUCAUGCAUGUUACCAGGAUCGUCUGCAGGAGGGGCCCUGGGACACCAUCACACAGCAGGAGCACCCCAUCCUUGGGCAGCCCUUUUACGUUCUGCACCCCUGCAGAACUAAUGAAUUCAUCUCCACUGUGCUGACUGGCCCAUGGAGACACAACAGGCACAAAAAUUACAUUAUUCUGUGGCUCAGUACUGUAGGCCCAGUUGUGGGUCUCAAUGUGCCUCUGAGUUAUGCAAAAGUAGCACCUGAGCAGAAUUCAAGCACUGAUUCAUCUGAAAGCUCUUGGGCCAGUUCACUUCCAGGACUCACCUUCCAAUAUUUUGCUUACCUUCCUUAUUUUGCAAUGAGAAUUUGUGCUGAGAGAGAAGUGCUUGGACAUUGCUGACACCCUCCAUGAAUGCCAGUUGGUGGUGUGAUCUGGUCUUCUCCAGAACUCUGAGCUGAAGGACAGGUGAUGGUGAGCUGCUGCAGGCUCCCCUAGGGGUGAAGUCAAAGGGAUCCUUCCUGGCUGGUAGACAAUGGCCACUGAUUACAGUGGAAGACUUAAUUGUUGGCUGCAGUUGUGGCAACACCUCUGCAGCACCACCAAGACCUGAACUCCCUUGUGACUGCAUUGGCUCUUGAAGUCAUUUUUCUACCACCUCCUAUGCUUGUGGCCUUGGAGAGGCUGCACAGAGAUGCACAAGCCUGUGGUUCCUUGAUACAGAGUGGAGUUACUGGAUUUGGAUCUACUAAAAACUACCUCUAGAAAACCUGUGAGGUGGCAAGUGCAAAGCAUACACAGCAAAGUGCCUGUGGGACGUGGUGUGAGGUAGUGGCACCCAGUGCAUGGGCUGAGACUGCUUCAUCUGGGAACCACCUUCUGCACCACAGCCUGAGGGACGGACCUCCCUCAUAUCCCACACCACACAAAAUCCUCAUUCUGGACUGAGAAACGCUUCUCUGAGAAUAUUGCAGGGAACAAACAGGAUCGGGAUUGUAACAAACAGGGAACUUGGAGCCUCCCUCUGAGUGAGCACCUUCAGUUCUGGAGUUCAGGUGGCUGAUGCAGCUGCGUGAGAACAUCUGGCUCUUCCAUGGCCUGCAGAGGAAGCUCUGCCAUUCCCUGUGGGAGUGGCUGUUCCACUCAAUUAGUGUUUCUCAUUGUACUCCUGGCUGUUCACAGGUUUAUUCCCUACCCUGCUGUUUGGGGAGUUGCAUGGUGGUGCUGCCACUGAAAAUCACAUUGCAAGUAACUUCCACACAACCCAUCCUGGCUCCUCUCUCCAUCCCAUUUUAUUUGUAGUGUAAACCAGAGCCCUGGGAUGGAACCACAGGUUUUACUUUACAUGUUCAGCAAUGUGUCACUUGCACCCAGAGCCCAGUGUGUGCCACAUGAGAACUGGGAACCUGGUAUGCAUCAGGUUCCAGAUUCUAGGCUUUAAACUUACAUCAUGUGUCUUUACUGGACAAGAAAUACAGAGUGCAGUCUCUAAAAUUCCAUCGGUGUAGAAUUCUUUUGCCAGCCAUUUGGAAUUAAUAAUGAAAGCACAUCAUUUAUCUUGUUCUGGAUCAUAACAACCUGAAAAAGCCACUUUUCCAUGUGAGAUUUAUAAAAUGCAGCCAACAGCUACGUUGCUUUUUUUUAACACUUCCGGUAACACGUUUGGUAAUUGCAUCAGUGGCCCACUUUUAAAUUUCACCGAGACUUAGACAGGAGGAAAAAUCAACAAAAACCAGGUAACAGCAGUUUUAAGAUCUGUUAAAUGUUCUUCCCUGCUCUGUGAUCUUCAUUUGUAAUACCCUGGAACAGAGGAGUGGGAGCAGCCAGCCUUCAAAAAGUGGAAUUUGUAUAUGGAGGGAAGUAAAUAUUUUUUCUUUUACAUGGAAGAAGUCUCAAUGCCCAUUCUCAAUGAUUCUAAACCUCUUAACAGCAUAAACAACAAGGUAACAGAGCAGUGUCAUCAUCAGCAGCAAUGUUUCCCUGAAAUUUCCCUAGAAAACCAAAAUUCAGCUCAGUUACAAAUACACUGAGCUUUGAUAGAGGAAGAAAUACAGGAUAACAUAAAUAUUUGUGAUCAAGAAGAGAUCCUGUUUGGAUGUCUCCUUUGUAAUGGCUGAAAUAGGUAAUUGGGAGGUAGGGACCCAAUUUACCAUUUUACAUUUAUGUCUUGAUGACUUAGGAUAUUUUUAACAGAGUUUUUAUGUACCAAAAUUCUGAUUUUUAAAAAUUUUUUAAAUCAAGUGAAUUGUGGCACUAUUUUGUGAUUUUACUUAGCAAAUCUGCUGAAUAUUCUUACAUCUGAACUUGGGUUUUGUCUACAUGCAUUAUCUGCUUACGAAGAGAAAAUUUCCAGUUCCAGAGAGUUUUGUAGAUUAGCUCAGUUGCUCAUCCUUGCUAAUUUGGGAAGACACAUUGAGGACCUUUGCUUCUGGGGACUUCUUUUAAGAGAACAGACUCUUGUAACCCUUGGUUACAGGAAUCAGCAAGAAUAAUUAUUUUUAUGUAUUCACUUAAGCCAAAAAAUGUGCUUUCCUGUGUAAUGCAGCUGCUCACUUACCUACAUAAUCCUUCAUUUGUGUCAGCAUGACCAGGUAAGAAUUCAACCCCUUGCCAGGAGGUUUGAGGUUGGUUGGUUUUGGUUACUAACAGGAACAUUCCUUUCCAUGCACUAAAUGUUAAACUAGUUAGUUACAGCUAAGUACAGUGAUGUAAUUAAUUCUUGUUGCAACUCCAUGAAUUUCACCAAAACUGUCUCAGUAACUUUUUCCCCCCCCCGUUUGCUGUGGUGUUGGUUUCAUGAGUUUGUUUGGACAUCUGUGUUUAUAUUACAUACAUGUAAAUUCCAAUUCCAGCACAAAGAAAGGAUGUUUGCUCUUCCCUCUGAACAGUGAACUUAAAAUUGUUUCCUGAAAAAUUCUCUCUUCUAGA